AUGAUGGUGCAUUGUGCAGGAUGCGAGCGGCCCAUCUUGGACCGGUUUCUGCUCAACGUCCUGGACAGGGCUUGGCACAUCAAAUGCGUCCAGUGUUGUGAGUGCAAGUGCAAUCUGACGGAGAAGUGCUUCUCGCGGGAAGGGAAGCUUUAUUGCAAAAAUGACUUUUUCAGGCGAUUCGGCACCAAGUGUGCGGGCUGCGCCCAAGGCAUCUCCCCGAGCGAUCUGGUGCGGAAGGCCCGCAACAAGGUCUUCCACCUCAACUGCUUCACCUGCAUGGUCUGCAACAAGCAGCUGUCCACCGGCGAGGAGCUGUACGUCAUCGACGAGAACAAGUUUGUUUGCAAGGAGGAUUACCUGAACUCGCCCAGCCUCAAGGAGGGCAGCCUCAACUCAGUGUCCUCCUGCACGGACAGAAGUUUAUCCCCGGACCUCCAGGACCCUCUGCAGGACGAUCCCAAAGAGACGGACCACUCGACGUCGUCGGACAAGGAGGCGGCCAACAACGAGAACGAGGAGCAGAACUCGGGCACGAAGCGGCGCGGGCCCCGCACCACCAUCAAAGCCAAGCAGCUGGAGACCCUCAAAGCCGCCUUCGCCGCCACGCCCAAGCCCACCCGGCACAUCCGCGAGCAGCUGGCGCAGGAGACCGGCCUCAACAUGCGGGUCAUCCAGGUCUGGUUCCAGAACCGGCGGUCCAAGGAGCGGCGCAUGAAGCAGCUGAGCGCCCUGGGCGCCCGGAGACACGCCUUCUUCAGGAGUCCGCGGCGUAUGCGCCCGCUGGGCGGCCGCCUCGACGAGUCUGAGAUGCUGGGCUCGACGCCCUACACUUACUACGGAGAUUAUCAAGGCGACUACUAUGGUCCCGGUGGCAAUUACGAUUUCUUCCCGCACGGGCCUCCCUCUCAAGCCCAAUCUCCCGCGGACUCCAGCUACCUACAGAACUCAGGCCCCGGGUCCACGCCGCUGGGGCCCCUGGAAGCCCCUCUCCCUGGACACCACUCUUCAGAAAACCAAAGGUACACGGAUAUGAUCUCGCACCGGGACACGCCCAGCCCGGAGCCGGGCCUGACAGGCUCCCUGCACCCCCUCCCCGGGGAGGUCUUCGCCGGCGGCCCGAGCCCCCCAUUCUCCAUGUCCAGCAAUAGCGCCUACAACGGGGGUCCCCUCUCACAUCCGACCCAGGAGCUGAACGAGGCCGCGGUGUGGUAA